AAGAUGCUGGCAAAGAAAUUAAACCUUGUUCAUGCAAUUACACCUCAAUUUAAAAGCACAAAUGUCAUCUCUCAUAAAUCUCUCUUCUCUCACACUCUUCUUCAGCAUCUUCUUCUUCUUCACCUGCAACAACAAUGGCGGCCGCCGCCUCAUGAUCGAAGCUGCCCACAUCUUCAUCUACGGUGGCUGCUCCCAAGAAAACUACCCACCAAACUCACCUUACGAAACCAACCUCAACUCCAUUCUCUCCUCCAUAAUCGCCUCCUCUUCCCAAACACUCUACAACGCCUUCGCCCUCGGCAACGACACGGCGGCGGCGGAAUCCGCCGCCGCCGCCUACGGCCUCUACCAGUGCCGCGGAGACCUCAAACCGAGCGACUGCUCGACGUGCGUGGCGAGUCUGAUCAACCAGGUGGGUUUGCUCUGCCCCUACACGUACGGCGCGAGCCUGCAGCACGACGCCUGCUUCUUGAGGUACGAGCACGCCGAUUUUUUGGGGAGGCCGGACGGCAGUUUGAGGUUCAAGAAGUGCAGUUCCGGCGGCGGCGGCGAUUUUGAGUUUCUGCGGCGGAGGGAUGAUGUUCUGGCUGAUUUGCAGGCGGCGGGAUUAGGGUUUCGGGUCAGCGCCGCCGGGGCUGUGGAGGGAUACGCGCAGUGUUUGGGGGAUUUGGCGGCGGCGGAUUGCGGGGCUUGCCUCUCCGAUGCGGUGGCGAAGGUGAGGAGUUUGUGUGGGUCGGCGGCGGCGGGGGAUGUGUUCUUGGCGCAGUGUUAUGUUCGAUAUUGGGAGUCUGGUUACUCUGAUUCUUCUUCUUCAGAUUCCUCCAACGACGGCGAUGUGGGAAAAACAGUGGCCAUAAUCGUCGGAGCGGUGGCGGGGGUAGCGGUUCUCAUUGUAUUUCUAUCAUUUUGCAGAAAGGCCCUUGGUUGAAAUAGCGAGGACAUGUUUGGUAAAGCGAUCUUUAAUUUUCAGCUUAUUCUGGUGUAAAUGUUCAGCUUAUUUCAGGGGUGAAUUGCAUUUUGCACCCCAUAAUUGACGCUAAUUGGCGCUUUGCACCCCAAUAUUUCAAAAUUGGCAAAGUCCACCCGCAAAUUAUAUUUCUAAUGGCACAAUGCACCCCACAUC